ACCACAGGCCGCCUCCGCUCCCGCACCUGCCUCCGCGUCCACACCUGCUCUCUGCGCCAUGUACUGCAGCAGCUUCACCGGGGCCGCCUUCCCGGGCUGCUACUGGGGCAGCUGCGGCUACCCCCUGGGCUACAGCGUGGGCUGCGGCUACGGCAGCACCUACGCCCCCGUGGGCUACGGCUGCGGCUACGGCUACGGCGGCUGCGGCGGGGCCCUCAGCUACCGGAGGUGCUGGCCCUACGCGCUCCACUGAGGGCUGCGCCCCGAGGAAGAGGGCAGACCCCGUCCCUGCCUCGGGCCUCGCCUGCUCCCCACCUGCGCCCCGCCAGCUCAGCGACUGCGUGUCAGGCCUCGCCCCAGGGUCCCCGGGAAGGACAUGAAACCCACAAGCCGCCCUCUGCCGCCUGCCCUGGGCGACGGCUGUCGGGACACCUUCGGAAACCUGACGUCGUCCGCUCGUGCACCACUUUGGGGUUUUCCCCGUCCUCGCGGCCCCUCACGGCCCUUGCCGCGGCCAAGCAGCGGCUGUGCCUGCCCAACUCCCAAUAAACUUG